UGAUAGAGAAGAAGCGCUUCCGGCAGCCGAGGACCACUAAUCCACAAGCAAGUCUUCCGGGCCCGGCGCGACCCUCGCCUCAGGCCUUUCCGAGGCGUACCUUCGUCCAGCCCAGCUCCUGCGACGCGGCAGUGAAUGGUGGCGCUUCUCUGCCUCCGUCUAGGUCCAGACCUCCUUGUCUCCCGGCUACCCCCGGCAUCAGGUGACCCCAGGAUUCUGUGAUUGGCGCUUGCGCCUGCUGACCGUGACCGAGGAGCCCCAAGGGACCUGGGCUUUCUUUGAGCUUGGUGCCUAUUCCUCGUCCUCUUAUCGGUGAAAUUAAGGAAGACGGGAGAACAUCUUUGGUCCUACAGUGUUGCUGGCACUGACAUUUUCUAAGUGGUGUUGAACAGCCUACUUUUUAUGUAAAUAACUGGCUAGACUUCACAUUUUUCACUACAGAAACCUAUAACCUAGAGAUUUAAAAACAUUUUAUCACUACAUUUAACUUGAAAGUUUCUUAUUCCAAAAUGUUGAGAUACUGGGGAGAGAUACCAAUCUCAUCGAGCCAGACCAACAGGAGUUCCUUUGAUUUGCUCCCUCGAGAGUUCCGUCUUGUGGAAGUCCAUGACCCACCCCUGCAUCAGCCCUCAGCCAAUAAGCCCAAGCCCCCCACUAUGUUGGACAUCCCCUCAGAGCCAUGCAGCCUCACUAUCCACACCAUUCAGCUGAUCCAGCACAACCGACGUCUGCGCAACCUCAUUGCCACAGCUCAGGCCCAGAGUCAGCAACAGACAGAAGGUGUAAAGACUGAAGAGAAUGAACCUCUUCCCUCUUGCCCUGGGUCACCCCCUCUUCCUGAUGACCUCCUGCCGUUAGAUUGUAAGAAUCCCAACGCACCAUUCCAGAUCCGACACAGUGAUCCAGAGAGUGACUUUUAUCGUGGGAAGGGGGAACCUGUGACGGAACUCAGCUGGCACUCCUGCCGGCAGCUCCUUUACCAGGCAGUGGCCACAAUCCUGGCCCACGCAGGCUUUGAGUGUGCUAAUGAAAGUGUCCUGGAGACCCUCACUGAUGUGGCACACGAGUACUGCCUUAAGUUCACCAAGUUGCUGCGCUUCGCUGUGGAUCGGGAGGCCCGGCUGGGGCAGACCCCUUUCCCUGACGUCAUAGAGCAAGUAUUCCAUGAAGUGGGCAUCGGCAGUGUGCUCUCCCUCCAGAAGUUCUGGCAGCACCGCAUCAAGGACUAUCACAGUUACAUGCUACAGAUUAGUAAGCAACUAUCUGAGGAGUAUGAAAGAAUUGUCAAUCCUGAGAAGGCCACAGAGGACACUAAACCUGUAAAGAUCAAGGAAGAACCUGUGAGCGACAUCACCUUCCCUGUCAGUGAGGAACUGGAGGCUGACCUUACUUCUGGAGACCAGUCACUGCCCAUGGGAGUCCUCGGGGCUCAGAGUGAGCGCUUCCCAUCUAACCUGGAGGUCGAGGCUUCGCCGCAGGCUUCAAGCACAGAGGUAAAUGCUUCCCCUCUUUGGAAUCUUGCCCAUGUGAAAAUGGAGCCUCAAGAGAGCGAAGAAGGCAACGUCUCUGGGCAUGGUGUGAUGGGCAGCGAUGUCUUCGAGGAGCCCAUGUCUGGGAUGAGUGAAGCCGGGAUCCCCCAGAGCCCUGAUGACUCAGACAGCAGCUAUGGUUCCCACUCCACUGAUAGCCUCAUGGGAUCUUCCCCUGUUUUCAACCAGCGCUGCAAGAAGAGGAUGAGGAAAAUAUAAAAGGAAAAGGGGAGAUGUUCUGUCCAGAUUCGUAAGACCCAACAGAAAACCCUGAUGUAUUCAAAUAUUUCCAUAAAAGGUGAUUUUAUGGAAAACACAGCACAGUUUCUGGAUUUCAGUGAAGAUGGAUUUAACCAAAAAAGUCUGCAUUUUACUUUUACAUCCAGUUUUUGUAGUUUUCCACAACCAAGCCACCUUUCACAGACCACUCAUGACACUGGGAUGGUAAUCAGACCAGAGCACUGUCCCUGCCGUUCUUACCAUUGAACAGCUAGGAUGUACAUACUGGUCACUCUGUACUCGACGGAUAUUGUACAGAUUGAGAUUGUUAUCAAACCUCAAAGCUGCGCUUGCAAAGACUCACAAAUAUAUGCUGAUGUC